CAGUUAAACACAUGGAAGGGAGUGGUGACUCACGCCUCUAACAAUUACCAAAUAAGGUGUUCACUUUACCUCAACUUAAUCAUCUUCUGUGCCAUUGUCAGAAGAGAAAAUGCCACCUUCUGUUGACUGGGAAAAUAUUCCUUCGGAGAUAUUAGCUUAUAUCUUCCUGAAGCUUGAUCAAAAAUCAAGAGUUCAAUGUUCCCUAGUUUGUAAAAACUGGAAUGAAGUGUAUUAUGUACCAGAUCUCUGGAGAAGGCUGCAACUAGUGUUCAAGAGUACUGAUGGACAAAAAGAGGUGGAACACAUUAAAAGAUACGGUGCCCAUUUUAAACAUGUAGUCUUAGAAGUGGAUCAAAGUAAUAAGAGGCAAAGGGAGGCGGUUGAUCAAGUUUUAAGAGCAAUUGCUAGCUUCAAGGAAAAGAGCAAAAUUGAAUCACUAACAAUUAAGUUUACUGGACAAAAUCCCUGGCUUUACUCUGGAGAUGAAAUGUAUAGGGCAUUGAUGCAUUUACUUGAUGAAUUAAAGGAAAGAAAACCCCCAAAUGUUCUAAGGUACUUUGAUGUUAGUGGAAUGCAGCUUGUUAUGAAAGAAGAUGUUUUACUUAAAUUGGCUGAACAUCCAUAUGUAGAAACCAUCAACAUUGCUACAGAUACUCUGAUGAGUUCAUUAAAGGCUGAGCAUUGUCUAAAGCCAGUACAGUACUGCAGAAGAUUAACAUGCUUUAAAGCCUUUGCCAUCUCUAUUGAUGACGAAAUUCUAAAAGAAUUUUGUUCAGAAGGCAGAAAACCUUUAAAAUUUUUAUCAUUAGUCUUCCAAGCUAAUGACAAGUUUAAAGUACCAAUUACGGAUGAAGUUUGGAUUUCUGUCUUGAAAAAAAAUCCUGAACUAAAAGUCGAAUAUCAAUUUGAUCAUAAUUGUUCAAUAUCUAUUAUUACGUCUCAUUUAACACCGAGUAUUCCCAUAAGCUCUGUUAAAUUUAUAACCUACACUCAUUCGUAUAACGAAUUGAGCUAUGCCACUACUCUAUAUUUUCAGAGAUUAGAGUAUAUAACUAUUUGGACACCACCUUCGGAUGAUUUAAAUUCAGCCAUUGUUGAAGCUGCAGAGAAAUGUCAGCUUUUGAAAUCGAUAGAUGUGAAAUGCGAAUUGAAAAGUGAGACUUUGAAGUUUUUGAAAGAAUCUCGUCCGGACAUAACAUUUACUUACGAAGCUACAAGGGACGAUUCAGUCGUUGGUCGAAGUACAAAUCUUUUACCCCUGAAUGCGCAACCGGUUUAGAUUAAUUAGAAAAAGAACCGAGAAAAAUCAAUGCUAUCUACACUAUAUGCAUUGAAAUAUUGUAUGAUAAAUCAAAAUAUAUAGACUUUAAUGAACCAAUUAACCAUUAAAUGAACGUUAAUUAUUCGUUCUUAUUUUUAAAAUAGUACAUUCAAAGAAUGAUGCUGAUCUCCAGACACUUUUCCAAUUGAUCCUAUUAAAAAGAAACAAAGAAUUCAUAGUUUGAAUAAUAACUUAUUUUCCAUAUUAAGCAGAUUCCUCUUUGAAAACAAAUAUUUUUCCGAUUAUACUUUAAGCCGAAUAGAAAUUAAGUAUUGCAUACGUGGCUUAUAACUUCACGUGGACCUAUUGUUUACCUUAAAAACUAGAAAGUAAUCUCUCCAACAAAGGAGUUGUAAAUAGAAAGAAAUAUUAAAUGUAUUUCUUAUACAUUGCGUAUAAUUAAAAGAUUAUUAUCUAACUAGUAGCUGAAAAUUAUUAAUUUGCUCUAAAACUAACAAGGCUAGUUAAUUGAAUAUGUAUAACCUUUUUUCUUAAUUAUGUUUAUGUACUAGAUAACUUUCUUUAGAACGAAGAAUAAAGCUAGCGAUUUUCUUUCUCCUGGUAGUUAAAAUAUUGAAAAACUUUUAUAAUUUACUAAAUUUCCUCAUUCUUUUCCUUUCUUACCUUUCUUUUAUGUAAAAUAUUUAGAUAAUCAAUUUUUUAAGUACAAGUUAAUGAAAGAAAUAUUACCUUGCAAUCUCUAAAAUGAAACAAAAUAAUCUAUUUGAAAAAGGUACGAAAGUAAUUAACAUAUAAAAUGUCUGUCAAUAAAGUCUCAUCUUAUAAAUCCCUGCUUCGCCUAUCAAUUUUUAUACAAACAAAAAUCAAGAGAUAAAUAUAUCUAUAAGAACAUUUGUGUAGUAAAUGACUUUAGAUGAAGUUUCACAAUAGAAACAAAGGAAUGUUCUGCUAUAAACGAUUUACAGAUGUAAGCAUUCAAGAAUCCUAUUCUUAAUGAAUGAUACUCGAGAAUUACUAUCCUUCCGGCUUAAAGUAUUUAAUAGAAAAGCUUAUACUAAUAACUUACAGCUCUAACUAACUAUGUGAAAAUGGUAAAUAGAGAUGAUAAAUGAUUGUAUAAUAUGAAAACAUUGCGACGACUAGUGAAGAUAUACAACAAGGGAAGAGUACUUUUGUUACUAGACCUAAUAAAAAGAGAAGAAAGGAAGGAAAGGUUAAGCACAAUGUCUUUUUGUUUUUUUGCUAUUUAAAAAUAAGAAAUGGGUAAUUUCAAACAACAAAAUGGUCGAAAAUGCAAAUGUUAAAUAUAAAUAUUCUAUAUAGAAGUUUUUAUUGAAAUAAAUAAAUAAAUUCUCUGCUAG